AUGGCGGUGGCCUUAGGUUGCCCUCUGGACUAUGGCGACUGCCUACUCCCGGGCGGUAGGAUGGUGGCAUCCUUCGAGGGCGUGGAGCUCGUUCGCUGGAAGGACUGGCCCACAACCAGCGCGCAGCUGGUGCUGCAGGCCUCUCCAUACAGGUAUCCCGAGCCUGAAGAUGAAGAGGACAGCGACGAGUGGGAGGAGUGGGAGUCGGAGGAGGAGGCCCCGCUGGCGCUUCCUUCCACUCUCAAGGAGGAAGUGCCCCAGAAGAUCUUGGGAAUCCUCUCCGAGGUGGCCGAUGACUCCGUGAGCUUGGAGAGCGAGCUCCGUGAAGGGAUCGACUCCCUGGGGGCCACCUUGGUGCUUAACAACAUCCAGAUGCAGAUGGGGGUGAACAUCCUUGUCAGCGAGUGGAUGGAGAUGGAGCGAGCGUCAGAGCUCAUCGCGCGCGUUAUGGAGGAGCUGCCAGCGGAGGCUCCACCUCCUCCGACGAAGCGCCGACGCCGAAGGAGAAAAUCCAGACCGGCUGAGGAGGAGGAGGAGGAGGAGCCGCAGGCUCUGGUGCCAGCGGCCCCAGCGGCUCUUGCACUUCCCAGCCGAGAGGACGUGAGCCAGAAGGUCCUGUCAGUGCUGAGCGAGGUUGCCGGCGAUGAGCAAGAUCCCAUGCAUCUUGACAGCCCCCUGGUAGAGACCAUCGACUCACUGAGCGCCACGCUGGUCCUGAACAACGUCCAGCUGAUGUUUGGGGUGAAUAUCAUCAUCUCCGAUUGGAUGGCGAUGGAGAAGGCCAAUGACCUCGUGAGUCUGAUUUGCCAGAUGCAGCUGGAGCAGGCGCCGGAGGCCCCCCAGCCCCCGCCUGCGGCCGCGCCAAGCCAACGGCCGAAGCGGCGGCCGAAGGCGGCGAAGAGCAGCCAGGCACCAGCCCCUGCAAAGCAGGCCUCUGCGCCGUAUGUGCGCGGAGUCCAAAUCCUUCGGCAGGGAGCUGGGCCCCGGGUCUUCCUGGUGGAAGCGCACCCACCCGAAGCGGAAGAGCUGGUUGGGCUUCAGGAGGUGGCUCGGGGGCGUCAAGAUUUGACGGCCUGCCUGGCUCCCUGCAGCGUUUGCGCGCUGCUCUUCGACGAGGAAGCCUACCGAUGUAAGACUUCCGCAGAGCUGGUGACCCUCUACACACGUCGGGUCAACGCGCACCGGCAGAUCUUCAGAGAUCAGAUUGAGGGCGAGCCGUUGGCCGUCGUGGGGUGGUCGUUUACAUGCCCCCUGGCCAGCGCCCUCGCGGCAUGCCUGGAGAAAGCAGGGGUGGAAGACGUGCGUUUGAUCCUCCUGGGCGACGACACAUUGCUCCUGCCGGCGAUCUCACGGGAUCCGGAGGCGAGACCUUUAGAUCAGAACUGCCCCACAAUGUGCGCCUAG